CCCAUAUUCUAUUUUAUUAUUUGUAAUUCUAUUUUAACGAUGAGCAUAAAUAAUGACUUGAAGUGAAGCGUUUUAUGAUUUUAUUUGAAAUAAAUGGGGAAAAAUGUAUACAGUUUACAAGAUACACUUAAUAGUAUUAUAACACAAUACAUUCUAUUAUAUAGUGUUAGUAAAUUGGAUUCAAUCAUCUUUUUGAUAAGUUACAUUACUAAUUUGUUCAAUUUUUCAUAUUUUUCAUGGGUUUAAGACACUUGUCAUUUGUGUCGUAUCCAAUAUUUCAGAGAUUUCUUGAACUAUAAUUUUUAUUAAAUGUCUUAUAUUUGUUAGAAUUUUCUUAUUUUACCAAUUAUUGAUUUGUCAAAGUUAUAAGUUUCGUAGAAAGAAUCCUUCUAUACGUUUUUAUUGUGAAAGAUUUCGUCGUCAAUGAAGAAAUGAACGGAGCAUUAUUCCAAAGGUGCUACGUCAUUGGUUGAUUAUCUACAGUGCUGACACCUGGAUUAUUCUACGGGGUUCUCAUAAGUAGAAACACGGACAGCAUUGAGCAGCAUUACGGCAGCCAUUACACGGAACGCUGUGCAGAAUAGGCGUUCGGCGUUUAUCCAACAAGAAAAUCGAUUAACCGUGUUAUAAUUUGCUUGCGUCGUCCGUAUUCGGCAUUUUAAAAAAGCCCAUCGUUUUUCACACUGUAAGUUCGGAUCUUAGGCUGCUCAGUGUGUGUUAGGUGUCAGGAGCAGGUACAACAGUGUCAAUGGACUUUCAUACAAUGAUGCAGUGCUGUUGACUGCUUCUUUUCUGCUUCUACAUUUCAUUGUUCUUCGCUGAUGGACCACUUGCUGCUUGGCCAUCUUAGUUCUCGUCGAGUUCUUAUCUUUCAUCGUACCUUUUAGCUGCGUACGAAGUGAAGAAAGAAGAUCUUUCUGAAGUUUCUGUGAAGAUAUCAAAUCAAUAUGAGUGUUAUUAUUAGACUGCAGAACCUGGCGUGGUCUGCCAAUGCUUUGGACAUCCGCCAAUUUUUCCGUGGAUUAAGUAUUCCUGAAGGUGGUGUACAUAUUGUUGGUGGUGAAUUGGGCGAUGCCUUCAUCGCCUUUAGUACCGACGAGGAUGCUCGACAGGCAAUGAUGCACGAUGGCGGUAAGAUCAAGGAAAUGAAGAUUAAAUUGUUACUGAGUUCACGUACGGAAAUGCAGAAGGUUAUAGAGGCAGCUAGACAACAGACAUUGACGCUGCAAUCAUUUAUGCAGAGUGCACCGGUACCAGUGGUUCCGGUACAAGUAAAGCCUAAUUCCCCAAGCGAUAAGAAGGAUAAGGAGAAGGAUAAUGACAGCGAGUCCAGUAAGGAUCGUAAGGAUAGACGCGAUAGAUCUAGAUCGAGAGAUAGAUCAAGAUCUCGCGACAGAGAUCGUGAUCGUGAUAGACGCGAUAGGGAUAGAGGACGCGAUCGUAGACGUAGGGACAGAAGUAGAUCACGUGAUCGUGAUCGUGACAGGCGGGACAGACGUCGUCGUCGUGAUCGUUCUAGAUCUCGCGAUCGUACGCGAUCUAGAGAUCGUGACACAAAGCGUAGCAACACCGCUGAACGUAGGAAGGACACCAUUGAGGAUGAGACCAAUGACGUUGUAUGCGUUGGUCAAUUCCCUAAAGAUAUAAAAGCUGCAGCUGCUGCUAAAAAGGCUCCUAUAGUUGAAAAUGGUAUAUGGGAAGUGCCACCACAGAGCCAGUUGCAAGCGGCCAUGUUAGCGCCAGGUAUUCUAGGAGCAGCUGUAGCUGCUCUACCUCAGGAUCCUGAGCAGCGUUCUUUGUCCUUUGGUAAUCCUGUAAUGGGACAACAACAGACGCCGAUGUUACAGCCUAAUCAGUUUGGUAUUAAUGGAUUAAACGGGGUUGGGAACCUCAUGCAAACUCAUGUACCAAAUAUUGGUCAUCCUGUUGGUUUGAAUUCUCUACCGCAGAGUCUAGGCAGUCCGGCUAUGCCUAACAUGAGCACUGGCAUGGGAUCUAUUAACAGACCUCGUGAAUCCUGGGGACAGAACGAACCAGGACGAUUGGAUCAGAUGAGAUUUAACUCCAGAGGAAGUCCUUUCAGUGGAACGCCGGAUACUAAUGUGUACAAUAUGAAUAACGCUAAUCCUGUCACUGUACCAUAUAGACCAACUACCAGACCCAAUAAUACUUUUAUGAAUAAGAUGCAGGAACUUGACAGCAGACGUAAUCCACACGCAUUCCAGACAAACAUGGCGCAGUUCGGUAACUUUGAAAAUGGACCGGAGAGACAAACAGGCGGUCGCAGCUCAACGAAUAACAGUCGUUUCUCUGGUGGUGAAUCGAAGACUAACCCAGGCGGUGGGAAUUGCGUAGAGGUUCGCAAUAUGCCACUGAAUGCCGGAUACGGUGACGUGCGCCAUGCUUUCCAGGGUAUCUACAUUAGGAAGGAUGGAUUAAAAUUGAUAAACGAUAAUCAUGGUAAUCGCGUAGGCAUUGCUUAUAUCAAAUUUGGUAAAUUAGAAGGCAAGGAGAUGGCAUUGAAGACACCAAGAUUUGUUCGCGGUUCCGAGGUCGAGGUUCUUCACCUGGACGAGACCAUAUUUGAUAAGGCAGUGGAUUCGUAUUUACCUGAAAGAGAAAAAGACCGACACGACGAUGGUAUGGAUUCUGACUCCAGAUCGUCUACCUGUAUAUAUCUUACAGAAUUGCCGUCAUUCGCUAAGGAAAUGGAUAUAGCCAAACUCUUCCAUGAGUGGAAGAUCAAUGACCUAUUCAUCACGAGUACCAAAGAUACUGGUAGCACGCAGUACAUGGCGUAUGUCCAAUUUGCUCGUUUGGAAGACGCAAAGUCUUCACUCUCUAUACCUUUGAAGAUAGGACCUAAGCAAGUAACUGCAACGAGUAUUACAGAAGAGAAGUUCGCCCAGGCGAAGAGGGAGCACGAGCAGGAGACACUCAACGAGUCAUCAAUGUCAGACUGCAUCAUCAUGCGCGGAUUACCGUUUCAGACUAUGGAUCGUGACAUCUUAGAUUUUUUCUCAGACAUUGGUAUAGUACCUCAUAGGAUACACAUGAUGCUUAACCAGAACGGUAAACCAGCUGGUGAAUGCUUCUGCGAGUUCGACUCCACCGAGGAGGCUGUACGUGCCACAGCAAAGAAUGGAUUGCCUCUAGGAAAAAAUAUUCCUACAAUAGAGCUGGUACCGCGUACUAAAAUGAUGGAGACACUGGGUCUAGUGGAUUCCCAGUUGCUCGAAGGAACACAGCCGCAGCAACAGCAGCAGCAUUAUCCACCACUUCAGGAAUCCAGACCCCGUUUUUCAUCACCAAUGACCAAUCAUCCGCCUCGCUUUGGUAAUGCUGGUUUUGGUCCCAGAGGUCCACCUAUGAUGGGUAUGCCUAGGCAUAUGCCUGGACGUCAUCCUGGAUCCCUGGACUACGUCGAAGGUUUUGGUAAACCAGGUUGCGUCCUUUCCUUGGAGAACGUUCCGUUCAAAGCUGACAUCGAUGAGAUUAUUGACUUCUUUGGCGAUUUUGAUGUUAAACGUGAAAAUGUUAUUAGACGUUAUAACGACAAAGGGAUGCCCACUGGUGAUGCCAGGGUCGCGUUUUCAUCACCUGGUGAAGCUCAACGUGCAUUACGUGAACUGAGGCACUGCAAAAUGCGUGAUCGUACUAUAUUCAUGAAGAUUGCGUGAACGUCCGUUGAAUCUGAUUGAGAAUUGAUGAAUUAUCAGCAUCGUGGGAUGAUUCUUCGGGAACCAUUCUCUAUGAUGAGUUUGUCUCUCGUUUCCUGGGAGAACUUUGAUGAAUGAUUAACGUGACAAUGUGCUCCAGGUGUAGACAUACGCUCAAUGAACUAUAGCUAUAGUCAGUGUAUGGUUCCUGUAAUGUCAAAGUUAAUUAUUAUUUUGUUCGAUCAUUUAAAUUGAGACAAUUUUCUGUUUCCGGUAAUAGUCGAUCUUAUUGAGUUCAUCGCUUUUGCUUGAUGCUUGUCCAUUUUACCAAGCUGAUUCUACAUAAUGGCGGUAAAAACUGUUUGACUUUACCGAAACGUGACGCUUGCCAAGUUCCAAUGCACAAGGCAGAACAUUAUUCGUUUUGUAAAUAUUAGUUUUCAGUCCGCCUUGUACAUUGUUCUAUGAAUACCAUGGCAAUAAAUAUACAUAGUUUGAUGCCAGAUCAUUAGAGCUCAAAAUGUGCUUCAUUUUAUCUUUAUUUUUUUCAUUCUCAAACACAUAGAACUUAGUGAAGUCACAGACGUGACUAUCUUUCGUAACUUUUUUUUUUAUUGAUUAUGCAAUUUGAUUUUUUUUCUAUGUAUAAAAAUUAAGAGAAAAAAUAUGUGAAUAUCAGUCACUUUGUAAUAUUAUCCGAAUAACGUUACACGUGGGUUUAUCAUUAUGCUAAACAAGCAUUUUUUUUCUCAAGAAAUUACUUUUCAACUUUAAUUCGCACUUGGUUUAGCGUCGCACAAAAAUCUCCCUAGAAUUCCUUCAAAUUGAUGGCCUAUGAAUUUCGAAACUUCUCCAAGAAGUUUGUCUUUCACGUCCAAAUUCGCUGGCUUUGCAAACUUCAGGAUGCUUUGUAUAUUUUAUUACUGUCAAUGGCCGAUGUGGCAAAGAGCACGGGAAGCAAAGCAGUAGGCAAGAAAAAAUAUCGAAAAAUUUCUGUAUACGUUACAGAACGUAUAACUUAAAUAAUCAAAUCUCACAUGUGCAGACUCAUCUCCAAGAAAAUGUUUUUUUUUUCGUGCAAUGAAUCGCAAUGCGUGUUAUUAAUUUUUUUCUCUUCUUUUUCAGUAUAUUUUCUUUGAUUACCCAACGCACAAACGUAUCGGAACGAUUUGCACGUAUGAUUAAAUUACUUUUAAAGAUCAGAGUACAUACCACGAGUACUAUCUUUACAAUGAGAAUGUCAAAUUUUUUUUCUGUGGACAAAUAUGUACAUUACAUAUUGUUACUCCUCACUGUAUAUAUUAUUAUAUAAAAACUAUAUAUUAUUACACACCGACUAGAUGUAAAGUAAUAUUUAUGUGAUGGACAUGUCAUGAGCCGACGAUACAGGUUCAUUCAUUAGCAAUUGCUAUCUUGUUGUGCGGUUACGUUCACAAGUGCGAGGACACGAAGACUUCAAUAAAUUUAUAUUUCAAACUUAA